AUGUUUAACCUGUAUGUGGACUCCCUGAUCGAGGAGCUGAGUAGCACCCAUGUCGGCUGCCAUAUUGAUGGAGUUAAUGUUAAUAAUUUAAGUUACGCAGACGAUAUGGUGCUGCUCAGCGCCUCGAUCUGCGGACUGAACAAACUAUUAAAAAUAUGCGAAAAAUUCGCCAUGCUGCUGGCGCUGCCGCGGUACUGCAGCGCGUCGGGGAUGUUUGCCGACGCCCGCGUGGAUUGUUUUUAUACGACCAUGCGGAAGCGGUGCACAUCUCUGGCGCGCAGGGUGAGGGGCAGCGACAACACCAUUCUAAAAGUGUUAGCAAAUAGUGAAACUUGGACCCUAACUCAAAAGGAGGAAACAAAGCUGUUAGUAGCUGAGAGAAAAAUCCUGCGCAAGAUUCUCGGACCGACGAGGGAUGAAGAUGGCAGUUGGAGGCCACGGAAAAACCUUGAGAUUGAAGAACUCGUGGCAAUGCCCAAUAUUAUCGGGGAAUACAAAUCUCACCGAAUCCGCUGGCUCGAUCACGUAGAAAGAAUGAAUGAUGACCGAGCGGCUAAAAAAGCGUAUGUGGGGCAAAUGACUGGCAAACGACCGGUAGGCCGUCCCAGAUACCGCUGGAGGGAUGAGGUAGAAAAGGACCUGAAGGCGUUAUGA